UCUUGCUCUAGAGGUCACGCCCAUUGACAUUAUAAGCCAAUGAUGUGCAGCGUUCGCUUUUCACAUAUUGUGUUGGCACUGGGUUGUCUAACGCUCCCAUAUACUGAAGCGGAAUACUAUGACUGGAACUUUGGGGGUCCACCUAAAACAACUCAAAAUGGUUUAGGCAACUAUCAGGAACCCAGGGCAAACUCGGUAGAGACCGAUAAUGGCAUAAUGAAGACAGAGACGAAAACUAUCUUUGGACAAAAGUACAAGGUGUCGAUUCAGAGACAUAUAUUUUGGCAAACAGGAGAUUGUGAAGAAAAAAUAAAAAUUUCUCGGAGAGAUAGCGGACAGGAGAAGUCACUCAAAAGGAAAUGUUUUUUUUCUUACUAUCCUAUUAUCUCACCGAGGGUAAUAAACGUAGGGAAUAUCCUACUAGUGAACAGACCUGAAGAUGCAUUUUUUGCAUUCUCAAUUAAUAGUAACGAAAUAAUAUACCAGAUGGAUGGAAAAUGGAAAAAAGGCAAGUACGACAAAGAUAAUACUAAUGAUAUAGAACUGACUUGGUUUGAGGUGGAAGAAUUGAAAGAGAGUAUCAAUUGGUGGCUAACGGUAUUAUAGGGAGUCUGACAAAUAAAUUGGAGGAUAAGAAAUUUGAAGAAUGUCAUCAGAGAAAAAUGUAUAACGAAAAAAUAUACUAAGUUAAAUACUACAACAGGAAAGAGUUACUAGCACACAAAACCUAAACAAAAUAAUGCAACUUAAAAUCUGGGGAUAUAGAGACACUAUAUAGAGUUUAGAAACAUUUAUAAGAAAGAUUUAGAAAACUCACCUCAGAUGCUGCAGACUAACUCAUAACUGCUGAAGAGGAUAAAUACAACAAUAAACUUGACAAUCUGGACAACAUGCAAGACGAAGAAGAAAA